CCACACUUUAGAGGAUAUCCCUUAGAUAUCCUUAUCCUCUGACCAUCAUUGUAGACUGCAGUGUUUGAUGAUUAGGCUGACAUAACAUGUUACAUCCACUAUGGCAGUUAGAAAAAGCAAGAAAACAAAAAGAACACAGUACUAGGCUUUGAGUGUCUGUCAUAAUCUACAACAUGUGGGGGGUUGCUCUUUUCUUGAAUGGCCGGUUAUACUGCUCUCUAUUAGUGGUCGUCUUGUGAUAUUCUUAAUCAAAUGGGGGGUGCUUGUUCAUUAAAGAGAGACCCCCAUGAUGAUGACAACAUCAUUAGAAGAGGUUUCUCAAGUAGACAUUUCAAAUUUGGGAGCUCGAGUUGUUUAGAAUCGUUCCUUCUUGGGCGUAUCGUGGAUUGUCAUCCCGGAAGAAACAAUUGUCCGUCCCUCAUGGAAUUAUGCAUUCAUGGAAUACGUAAGGACAUUGACAAAUGUCAUUCAUUCUCAAUGCUGCCAAGGGAUAUAAGCCAGUUGAUUUUCAACAAUCUGGUGUAUUCUUAUCGCCUUUCGGAUGACAGGAUCGAAGCUUUUAGAGAUUGUGCACUGCAAGACAUGUGGACGGGAGAAUAUAAAGGAGUUAACGAUAAUUGGAUGGAUGUGUUUUCUUCACAAGGAUCGUCUUUACUGUCCGUAUAUAUUUUUGGUUCUGAGGUCACGGAUUUCGGAUUCAGUCUAUUACGAAAUUGCCCAAACCUCGAAGCGUUAUCUUUCGAUUGUUGUGACCGCAUUUCCGAACAGGGGAUAAAGCAAGUCAGUGGUUUCUCGAACUUGACAUAUUUGAGUAUUAGAAAAUGUGUUUCGGUUACUGCUGAAGCAAUGCAAGCUUUAUCCAGCUUAGAUAAAUUGGUUAAAUUGGAUUUCGAGAGAUGUCCACAGAUUCAUGGAGGAUUUGUUCAUCUUCAAGGCUUGUCAAGACUCGAAUCUUUCAGUAUAAGAUGUUGUCAGUGCAUUACGGAUGCAGACAUGGAGCCUCUGACAGGGCUUGCUAGUUUGAAGGAACUUCAGAUCGUGUGUGUGUACAUAACAGAUUAUGGAAUUUCUCGACUGAGAGGUUUGAACAAACUUGCUGUACUAAAUAUGGAAGGAUCCCAUGUUACCACUUCAUGUUUGGAUACUAUUUCAGUGUUUCCUUCGCUGCAGUCGCUGAAUCUCAAUAGAUGUUGCCUGAGAGAUGAUGGAUGUGAAAAGUUUUCGGAGCUCAGGAAUUUGAAGGUGUUGAAUUUGGGAUUUAACCACAUUACAGAUGAAUGUUUGGAACAUCUAAAAGGUCUGACAAAAUUGGAAGGCUUGAACUUGGACUCAUGUAGGAUUACAGAUGAUGGACUGGCUCAUAUAGCUGGUUUGGCCAAAUUGGAGGAACUCAACCUCAAAUUCACUUUAGUGACUGACGAUGGUUUGAAAACAUUAUCUGGAUUGACCUGCCUCAGGUCGCUUAAUCUGGACGUGCGCCAAAUUACAGACUCAGGGCUCGCAGUUCUCACAGGUUUAACUGGUCUGACUCACCUGGAUCUCUUUGGAGCUCAUAUAACAGAUUCCGGGACAAAGUAUCUCGCGUAUUUCAGAAAUCUGCAAUCACUGGACCUUUGUGGUGGCGCAUUAACAGAUACUGGAGUCGAGAAUAUAAAGGAUCUUUCUUUCCUGACGUUUUUGAACCUGUCACAGAACAGGAAUUUGACUGAUAAGACCUUGGAAUUUCUUGCAGGACUGAAGUUGUUGGUAUAUUUAAAUGUCUCAAAUUCUUGUAUCACCAAUGAUGGAUUGCAAUAUUUAAAGCCUCUGAAGAAUUUACAAUCAUUGGAUUUGGAAUAUUGCAAUGUGACAGCAUCUGAGAUUAAGAAACUUCAAGAUAAUGUCCUUUUAAAUCUUGUAAGAUAUAGGCCUAAUUAACUCUUCAAGUUUCAUCAUGUAACAUACAGUAAAUAGACAAAUCAUUUAUUGAUAUGUAAAAUAGUCCAAAAAAAAAUAACAGCAAA